UUGCCUCUAUGUCCCUUGCAGGCAGCAAUAAAGACCAUAAAUGAGGAAGACAAAUAUUUUUCAAGAGUAUCUCUGCGAAUGCCUUCUUUUGGACUCCCCGUAAAAUUGUCCCAAUUAGACAUAUCAAAAGGAAAACCAAAUGCUGGCGGAAACUCUGGUACCAUGUCAACAAAUACUUCCUCGGAAGUGUCCCUUGAUGGAUGGGAUGGUAUAUCUCUGGAUUAUUCCAUUGAUUGGCCCCUAGGAUUGUUCUUUACUCAAGAAGUGCUCUCCAAGUAUCAAAAGGUUUUCCAGUAUCUGUUGCUGCUUAAACGGAUAGAAAUGGAAUUAGAUAAAUCAUGGGCCUCUGUGAUGCAUCAAGACAACAGAGGAUUUGCCAAGUAUAAAAGUGAUAAUACAAACUCAACACCUCAGCGGCAUAGGCAGCACUUCAAACCUAUGUGGCGGGUUGAUGUCAUAGAAUCCCAAAUGGAAUGUUCUGCAACGACGCAUUCAAGACUCUCAUGACUUCACGGAACUUGUAGGCUUCCAUCAAUGUUCCAUCACGAAGCGUCAUAUGGGAAAAUUUAAGAAAGCUUAUAUGAAAAGAUAUAGAUCGCCAACACGAAUAAGACUGAUUGGGCUAUGUUACGCGAUUUUCUAGUGUAACCAAUAGUUAAAAAUUUUUUGUUCCAAUGUUCAACCUGUAGAAUUUCUUCAUUUGCAGGUACUUAUCGGCUUUAAUUUCAGUCUUAGAUAUUGGUUCUGUGUCGACGAUACUAGACAGCAUAAUGAAACAAUGCCUCCAGUUCUGCUGGAACAUUGAGAACCAAGGAAGUUUCGUGAAUUCAUCUGAACUGGAGCACAUUACGGAGGUAAGAAGCUCUAUCAAGUCAGAUUUAGGGUCGUAAUCUGAAAAUAUCAA